AUGUUGUCGCCGGUGGGAGACGAGUUGGUGACGUCUGUCGCGCUGUUUCGCGAGAAGCACUGGAUGUUGCACGGCUACUGCUUCCCCUUCGUGUUCCUCUACAGCGGCUGGUUGUUCACCUUUGUCUGGGUCAACGACCUGCAGAACUUUGAGUUGGGCGCCAUUACCGGCGUGGCCCUCUUGCUCCUGCAGGCCCUCACGGGGCUCUUUUGCUUCUGGUCUGUGCGGGUGCGAAGUGCGCUCACGCUCAAGAAGGAGGAUGAUGUGGACAAAGCUGCUUUCGCAGUCGUCUCGCCAACCGCGAAUAACGGAUCAGCAGAAAUUGUGAAGCUGUGUCGCUCUUCGACAAAGGGUUUGGACGAAUCCCCGUCAGCCAAGUCCACGUGGUUCGUGUUCCAAAAAACAAAGUAUUUGUACGACGAAGACAAAAGGUACUUCCGUGGAUUAUCAUUUCCGGUCGAUCAUUCCUUCGGCUUUUAUAAUUCAUGGCGAGGCCAUGAAACUGACGAAGCUUUGCAAAGUGCCGAAGAUCAUUACGGACGUAAUGAGUUGGAGAUGGUCAUUCCGGAAUUUUUAGAGCUUUUUAUUGAACGAGCAACGGCGCCGUUCUUCGUUUUCCAGGUAUUCUGUGUUGGGCUGUGGUGUUUGGAUGAGUACUGGUACUACUCAAUGUUCACCCUAUUCAUGCUGGUCACUUUCGAAUACACUUUGGUGCAGCAGCAAAUUCGAAACAUGGCGGAAAUCAGAAAAAUGGGAAACCAGCCUUAUAUGAUUCAAGUGUACCGUAAAGGAAGAUGGAAGCCGAUCUCGAGUGAUCAGCUGGUGCCCGGGGACAUUGUUUCUUUGAAUCGCAGCCAGAGCUUGGUGCCUUGCGACAUUCUGCUGCUCCGUGGGCAGUGUAUAGUCGAUGAAAGCACGCUGACUGGUGAAAGUGUGCCGCAAAUGAAGGAAUCUAUCGAUUCGGUUGAAGCUGAAGACUUCUUGGACAUGGAUCUUCACGGAAAACUGCACGUAGUUGCUGGCGGUACAAAGAUUGUCCAGCACACAGCUCCGACUGCCAAUACUGGACUGCGAGGUCCCACGCAAAAUACGUGCAUUGGCUACGUGCUCCGAACCGGUUUCAACACGUCGCAAGGGAAAUUGCUGCGUACGAUUUUGUUCGGCGUGAAGCGUGUUACUGCGAAUACUAAAGAAACGGCCUUCUUCAUUUUAUUUCUUUUGAUCUUCGCGAUUGCUGCCGCGUCUUACCUCUGGAUCAAAGGCUCGGAAGAUCCGAAUCGAAAUCGAUACAAGCUGUUCUUGGAGUGUGUGUUCAUUUUGACUUCUGUGGUUCCUCCGGAAUUGCCCAUUGAGUUGUCGUUGGCGGUGAAUUCCUCGUUGAUAGCCUUGACAAAACUGAGUGUUUUCUGCACCGAACCGUUUCGAAUCCCGUUCGCCGGCAAGGUUGACAUUUGUUGCUUUGACAAGACUGGGACAUUGACUUCUGAUAAUCUCGUAGUCGAAGGGAUUGCUGGUCUAAAUGGUCGCGCGAAUGCAGCUGACCAAACAGAUGUUGAGAAGGUGAGUGUAGAAUCCCGAAGUUUGACGCAGGUGAGUGACUUGCCCCUGGAGACGGUGCAAGUCAUGGCAGCCUGUCACUCGUUGGUCACUCUCGAGUCGGAGAACGAUGCUCUGGUGGGAGACCCCCUGGAGAAAGCCGCCAUAAAUGCGAUCGACUGGAACGUGGCAAAGGGUGAUGUGGUAGUGCCAAAGAAAGGAAAAGCCCCAGGCAUGAAAAUCUAUCACAGGUUUCAUUUUACAUCUGCGUUGAAGCGCAUGACUGUCAUUGCCGGUUACCAAGAAACGCCCUCGAUCCACUUCAUUUCUGUUACAAAGGGAGCUCCCGAAAUCUUGAAGCCAAUGUUUUUGAAUCCGCCAGCCGACUACGACGAAGUGUAUCUGGAGCAUGCGAGACGAGGUGCGCGAGUUUUGGCCUUGGGGCGGAAGAACCUCGGCGUGUUGACAUCUGCUGAGGUUCGAGAGAUGGCGCGAGAAACUGCCGAAUCUGAAAUAGAGUUCCGCGGAUUUCUCAUCAUUUCGUGUCCCUUGAAACCCGACUCGAAAGCGAACAUCAAGGACAUACUAGUUUCCUCGCAUGCGGUCUGCAUGAUCACCGGUGACAACCCGUUGACCGCUUGCCACGUUGCCAGAGAACUGCGGUUCUCUCGAAAGACGUGUACGUUAGUGUUGACGAAAACCGGCGACUCUGAAUGGCAGUGGCAGUCGGUUGACCAGUCCAAAGCUGUGCAAGUAGUGCCAUCUGGUGACAUUUCCAAAGAGCUUUUUGGAACACAUGAUCUGUGCAUCACUGGGGAGGGUUUGGCGUAUUUAUUGAACGAGAAGCACGAGUUCCUCAGGAAGAUUUUACCGCAUGUGAAAGUGUUCGCUAGGUUUAAUCCGAAGCAAAAGGAGUUUGUGGUGACGACUUUGAAUCGACUGGGCUUCACCACGUUGAUGUGCGGUGACGGAACGAACGACGUCGGGGCUCUGAAGCAUGCCCACGUGGGCGUGGCGAUUUUAUCCGGGAUCCCGGAUUUGAAAAAAAAAUUCAAGAAAUCCGGAAUUGAGAACGGAAGCCAGGAAGAAACCCUUCCUCGAGGAACAGGUGGAGCUUCUGGUCCGCCAGCAUUGCGAGGAUCUGGAGCAUUGAAUGUUACACCAGGCGGCGGUCGUAGCAGAAGCAGGCUGGAAGGAGCGGGACGUCGUUCCGGGGCGGCAGCAGUUGGAGUCGGUGGGCCAGCAGCAGGAGGAGGAGCGACGGGCCAGAGCGCGAGACAGGAAGCGCGGAACCGGACCCAGGAGGAGCUGCAGCGUUUGUUGAAGGAGAUUGAGGAAGCUGAUGGACCGCAGCUUGUCAAACUCGGCGACGCCUCCAUCGCUGCCCCCUUCACCUCCAAAAUGACGUCCGUUUUGUGUGAAAUCCGCCAAAUUGUUUUCGUGUCCGAGAUGGAGGAAGUGCUUCCGAGAGCUGCGAACCGAAACGAGGGACUAAUUCUGUCGCACAUAAUCAAGCAAGGGCGAUGCACGCUGGUGACGACGUUGCAAAUGUUCAAGAUCCUGGCGCUGAACGCGUUGAUCCUGGCCUACAGCCAGUCCGUGCUGUACUUGAAGGGCGUCAAGUUUAGCGACGGCCAGGCGACAUUCCAGGGCCUCUUGUUGGCCGCGUGUUUCCUCUUCAUCUCCAAGUCGAAGCCCCUCAAGACCUUGUCCAAGCAGCGACCUCUGCCCAACAUUUUCAACCCGUACACCCUGCUCACGGUCAUGGGCCAGUUUUUCGUGCAUUUCUUUGCCUUGGUCUACCUGGUCACGGAGGCCUUGGCCAACACGCCUGAAAGGCAAGCUGAGAAGGCUGUGGAUCUUGAGAAAGAGUUUGAGCCAAACUUGCUGAACUCGACUGUGUAUGUGAUCUCGAUGGCGCUUCAAGUCGCAACGUUUGCCAUCAACUAUCGGGGGCAUCCAUUCAUGGAAAGCUUGGGCGAGAAUCGGUCUCUUUUGUACGCCAUUGGAGGCACUUCUGCGUUCAUCUUUGCCGUGGCCCUGAACCUGAUCCCCGAGUUUUCCGACUCCUUUAUGAUGGUUCGAUUUCCGGAUCCGUAUCGCUGGGUCCUGGUGAGUGUGCUGCUGGCUGACUUCUUGGGCGCGUUCUUGAUUGACAGGACGCUCCUGUUCAUGUUCGGAGAAGGCAAACAGAGGAUCAGAUAACAACGCGGCGCACGUGGAUAAGAAAGACUUGGGGAUAUGUGUGUGUGUGUGGAGAAAGAGAGGAAUAUAGGACCGAGUGCAGAGUGUGUCAUUUCCCGCAGGAUCUCCGUGCUGGAUUAUUGCAACCGAUGUUGGACUGCGAUUAAUCGCUCGCCGUGUUUCUUUCGUUUUUCUUGUUCUCCUCUCCUUGUCCAUUUCGUUUCCGAUUCCCUUUUCCUCUUGCGUGAUAUAAUUUAUUUUUUUUGCAUGUCUGUCUGUCUGUGUGCAGCAAGGGAGAACGAUGACGUGCUUUCGGAACGUAUGUUCGCUCUCAGCAUGUGCUUCAGUGUUGAAAAGACGGUGGGAACUUGCAAUGUGUGUUUCUCUGUGUCCGAGAUGACGUGAAGAAAGAUUAUUCAGUAUGCCCUUGAUUUGCUCCUAGUCUUGGAUUUGUAUUCACUACGAUAAUAGGCUUGGGUUGGAGGCAUUGAAUCCGAGUUGAGUUGUUCGAGAAAAGGAUUCUACAAUUGCCGUAUUUACGCGACUGUCAGGCGCAAUUUAUUUUCUUUUUCAAUCAACGAAAAUCCGUGUGUGUGUGUCUUGAAACUGCUGAAGUUUUAAGAUUCGCAUACAAAAUUCUGAAUGGUCCACAAAUUGCACCAAUUUGGAAAUUAAAUGCAGUAUCUUGAAAAUUCGUUUGAGCAUAUUUAUAGCGUUCAGGUUAAUUCAAACGCGUGAUCUUAGCCUGAGAUGCCAGAGAAGAAAUUCCGUGUGUUGUGAGGAAGUAUCUGGAAACGUGUUCUCUUGUAUGUUCCAGGUGUACUGCUUGAGUUCGACUUGAUUGAAAAGUGGUGAGACUUCGAGGUUUCCAUUGUGAAAGUUUUAUGUCUGAGAAGAUACGUGAAGCACGUGACCCAUUUUUUGGUCCACCCAGUGCGAAAUAGAUUCUGGCAUUUUAGACAGUGCUUCUAAGAAUCGAAACUCUUUAUUUCCGGGUGGUGAGAAAUUUGAGUUCUAGAUUCGAUGAACCGUUUGUAUUCGCGUAAAUGCGGUACACAGUAUUCUCAGAACCCUCUGUUCUGCCAAAAUAGAAAGAAUUCCAGCGUUUUCGUUUUAUGUCGUUCAUCACGUCAGAGAAGGAAAAUUUGAAAAUUGAGUAAUCGAGGCAACAUUUCCUCGCACCGAAUGGUGACGCGAAGUACAUUUUCAGCGUUGUGAUGCGUGGUUUUAUUUUACCCGUUUCCGUGAUGUUGAGGUGGAUCUUUCUCGUUGUUGCCUUGCCCUGAGGCGGUUCCCUCCCCACAAUUGUUGUGCACUUCCCUAGUUGAUGGCUAUUUUUCUCCCAGAGUACAUGUGAUCCAUGGAGAACCCGUUUUCCGUGUUCUGUUGGAUUGGGAAGGAAUUAUAUCGCCGAGUUUUACUUGCGAAA